AUGCGAGGGUUGGUACCGAAGGCCCUCUGUGGCACACUGCUGCUUCUGGCAUUGGCGAUCGCCGCAUACUCACAAUCUGAUUGCUCUCAAGCUCAGUCAUGUGACAUGUGUGUCGGAGACUCCAUCCUUAAUCUGACUGACUGUGUCUGGAAGCUUUGCCCCAAUGCUAGUGAUACAGGCAUGUGUGUGACCGACAAGGGCAAUUCAACAGAUGACUCCAUGCAGUGUAGCUGGACAAGAGUUCCCGAAUUGUGCACAGUGGUGGAGACGGUAGCGGAGGGAGGAAAUGAUGGCGGUAACACCAAGUCAGCCCCCGGCGAGUUCUCCCAGGCCAAGUUCGACAUGUCCAGUUUCGUCGGAGGCAUUAUCCUGGUGCUGUGUCUGCAAACAGGGGGCUUCUUCGCCAUGCGCUUCCUCAAAUCCAAAGAGCAGAGCAGCUACGACCCAAUGUGA